AUGACUUGCUUUUGGGAGCCGCCUUCCGGUACACCGCCAGCAAAGUAUCGCGUUUGGAUUAACAACAACGUCGCGACCUACUUGCUCCGCGAGCAGGAACCCUCGCAGCUGUUCGUGUUCAUUCCCUCCAAGGAUCUUCAAUCCGAUACGCCGUACUCCUGUCUAGUUGAGGCCUGCUCCGAACUGGGUGAAUGCAGUCCCAGGGCUCAGUCAGCCAUUAUCAGAAGUAAUAAAAGGCGAUUACCCGUUCCAAUUGGUGUGAGGCUGAUUUAUGAGAGUGGGGGCUUCCUACGAUGCUACUGGGAGCAUCCAGUCAAAGUGGACAUUCCACUAGUAUACUUUCGAACAUUCAUCUAUGUUGGUGGUCAAAAGAAAGAAAUUCGACCCCCUACAAGUGCUCAAAAAACAGCAAUAGAUUUUAUCAAUGAAAAUGUGAAACCCAACAGGGAGUAUAGUUGUGAAAUAAUGGCCUGUUACCGGGAAAAUCCCGAUCGGUUGGUAUGCAGCGAUGCUUCCUCAAAAUCCACUAUGAAAACACCAUUUCGACCUCCUUCCAUGCCCCUGGAUGUCAAACUAACAACACCGAAACCAAGAACCAUUCAGAUAGCAUGGCGAAAACCAGCAAGGGCUGAACUACCCGAUCACCUGUUAUACGAAUUUGUCUUUAAAUGGAUACCCCAGGAAACGGAAUUUCUAAUUACGUUUGAUCCAAGGAAGGGGAAAGAUGGACUGCUUUAUCAGCAUAACACCACUGAGGACUAUCAGCAAGUGGAGGUGAGCAUCACCGCCUGCAGUGAAGGAGUCGAAGGAAUUGGAGGAGGCUGUUCAGAAGCAGUCAAAGUAAAGGGAACAACUUGGCCGGGGAGACUGGAGUCUGUUAAAAAACCAAUUGCUGAGAUCAGAAACUCUCAUGAUCUGAUUGUGACCUGGGAAGUGCCCAAGAAUCCACCAGGAGUGAUGGUAAACUACACGGCGACGUUUUAUGACGAGCGUCAUAAUGUGACAAUGUCUUGCAGCGUGAAGCACCGGGACUUCGUGCGCACACUCUCUUGCAUGAUAAAGAAUAUCACCUACAUGAAAGAAUACGGGCUUAGUGUGGUUGGUUGCGUUGCACCCAACAGCGAUGGAAAUGGUGGUGGAUGCAGUCCCCCCACCAUACGCAUGUAUCAUCAAAAUAUGCAAGAAAGACCAUUACCUCCAUCAAAUGUCAGUGCUGUGGAAAUCGGUGCAGGCCAGUUAGAGGUGACUUUCCAAGUGGACGAGGCGCUACCAGAGAACGCAGCGUAUUUUCUGGUGGAGGCGGUGGUGGAGAAUAGGACAGUGGCUCUGUGUCGAACAGCCCCCUUAACCGUGGCACAUUUUUGCGUCCUGGAGGCUCUCAACAAAAGCGUCAACUAUACCAUCAGCGUGCGCUCCUGCAAUAGGGUUAACGACUCCAUGAAGGAACUAUGUAGUCCUCCAUCGGAUCCUGUGUUCGCCAGUUCGAGGAUAGGCCGGUUAUGUGCAAUGGAAGAGGGAGUGGGUAUGAAGAUUGAGAUCUCCACAUCGGUUCUGGUUGUGAUGGUUAUUUGCUUUUUUGUCUACAUCAUCCUUAUCUGCACCAUACUUCGCCGUGCGACACGGGGCAGUCGUGCAACGAGGAAGGAAGUGGGUGCAGAGGCCAUGCACCACCAUGAAAAUCAGUCCAACGCAUCCUACGGUGAUGCAUGGCGUGUGUGCGGGCUUAGCCCUGAAAAAUCCCUGAGUGUGGCCCUGCUUCAUCUACGCUGCCUCCAGGUCUCUCAAAUUUGCUCUCAAGUGAAGACCGCUGAACAGAAAAGGAAACUUUUCAAUAUCCUUCUUGAUUGUAUUGCGGUAAUUUGUGGCGUGAUGACGAUAAUAUUCAUAACGGCAACUCAUUAUACAACUUAG